UGUCCUCUCUCCAAAUGAUGGUGGAAUGGAACCUGGUGCUGAUAUUUGUCCUGGACGGCCUGCACACAUGCACGACAAGUCUAAUCCAGACUGGGCUCCUACACUGAAGUUGGGAGGCAGACUUACUCGGAGCAAGUCGGCAAAGGAACGUCAACGACCGGAGUCGAAGCAGAACAGGUACAGACGAGCGAAGGACCGAGCUCAAUCCAAAAAGAAGCUCCGGGGUUCUAAAGACGUCCUAGACCCGGGUACAAUCUUGGAUCCUGAGGUUUGGGCUGCUCCAGUAGAUGCACAUGAAGAUGAGGAAUCCGUUCAAGUUUGCGACCUGGUGCUGCAGCAAGAGGACGAUGAUCAUGCAGAACCUGCUCCUGUUUCUGAAAGUCAGGCUGAUUCUGAACUGCAGAGAUUAAGAACAGAACAGAUUCUGUUAAAAGAUCAGAUAAAUGAUUUGAAGUUCAAUGAAAGAAGCUUUGAGAAUAAUAACCUUAAAGUCACGUACUACACUGGCCUUCCAUCAUUCCUCAUGUUGAUGACUGUAUUUGAUCUGGUGAAGUCGUUCAUACCUGCGUCUAAAGUAAAUAGUGAUUUAGGUCCAUUUGAAUGCUUCGUGAUGACUCUAAUGCGUCUUAAGCUAAACCUUCCUGUGCAAGAUUUAGCUUUUCGAUUCCAAACAUCUACCUCAACUGUCUCCAGGACAUUUGUGAUUGUCAUCCAUGUUUUAUAUACACGUCUAAAGAAUCUGCUGUACUGGCCUGAGCGGGAUGUAUUGAUGAAAACUAUGCCCCUGAAAUUUCAAAAACAUUUUGGACAAAAAACAGCUGUUAUAGUUGACUGCUUUGAAGUGUUUAUCGAAAGGCCUAAAAACGUGUUGGCACAUGCACAGACGUGGUUAAACUAUAAGCGUUCUAACUCGGUGAAGUUCUUAAUGGGUAUCACCCCGCAGGGUUCAGUGUGUUUUCUGUCCAAAUCAUGGGGCGACAGGGCAAGUGACAAGUGUAUAAUUGAAAACUGUGGUUUGCUGUUGAAACUACUUCCAGGUGACCUCAUUCUAGCAGAUCAUGGUUUCAACAUACAGGAUAGUGUGGAAUCAUACUGUGCACAGGUCAACAUUCCAAGUUUCAGCAGCGGUAAAGCACAACUAUCUGCAGUCGACGUGGAAACCACAAGGAAGGUUGCACACGUUCGUACACAUGUUGAACGGCUCAGUGGACUUGUGAGAAACAAAUACACGAUGCUUCAAGCACGUCUGCCAGUAGACUACCUAAUCAAACAUGACGGCUUGCCAGUGGUGGACAAAAUUGUGACUGUCGCAUGUGCACUUACCAACUUGUGUGACUCUGUAGUCUCACUGAUUUGA